ACCGGCGUGCUGACCCCGCUGUCCCAGCAAGUCCUCAUCGACUGCUCCUGGGGCUUCGGGAACUACGCCUGCGACGGGGGCGAGGAGUGGCGAGCCUACGAGUGGAUCAUGAAGCACGGCGGCAUCCCCAGCACCCAGGACAAGGCUCCUCCACCCAUGGGUGGUGCCAUGGGUCCCUCCUCUGAGAUGCUGGCCAAGAUCACGGGCUACGUCAACGUCACCUCAGGCAACAUCACGGCGGUCAAAGCUGCCAUCUACAAGCACGGCCCCGUGGCUGUCAGCAUCGACGCCUCGCACAGGACCUUCUCCUUCUACUCCAACGGCAUCUACUACGAGCCCAAGUGUGGUGAGUCGGCGCUGGACCACGCAGUGCUGGCCGUGGGCUACGGCGUCCUGCAGGGAGAGACCUACUGGCUCAUCAAGAACUCCUGGUCCACGUACUGGGGCAACGACGGCUACAUCCUCAUGGCCAUGAAGGACAACAACUGCGGCGUGGCCACCGAAGCCACCUACCCCAUCCUGGCCUGA